AUGGUCGGCAAAGUAUUCAAGCGCACUACUGAUCUCCCACAACCAUCGCCCUCCAUAACCCUCCCACAGCGUGUGAGAUGUCAGCCCUCCUAUCUUGGCAUGGCAACCCAAGUCGAUGGUGACACGAUUGAUCACCCGCCGGGCAACGAGCCACCAACGGCACAACAGCCGGUGGUGACUUUCCAAUACCGCACAGAAAAGCCAAAGCAAAUUGUGAGCGAUGCUGUUAUUGUUGAAGGAGUACUGGAUAUACAACUGUCAGACAUAUAG